AUGGCAUCAUCAGGCACACUUGCAGCUCGCCUCGACACUAUUGCAACAACUGCUCCUCAAAAGGACAAACCUGCUCUAUAUGUAGAAACUCUCAAAUCCAUCCUCACCACGUCUGGAACAUCAAGCACUUCGCCAGAGCUACAUAGAAACAUUACCGAAUUUCUAAACCAUUCCACUCAAGAGUCUAUUGGUCUGGUUGUAUCUCGGGGUAUAUUAUCCGAAUUCAUUGCUCUGGUGUCUGAAUGGGCAAAGACAUUGGACCAGACUGGUGUAAGGCGUGUAUGGGAGUUAGCAUUGGAGAGUGCAGGCAAUAGAGCUGUUGCUUUUGAAGAUCAGAUCUCAUCCAUCAGGGAAAAAAUUUCAGACAUAUACGAAGCCGAAGAAUCAUGGACUGACGCUGCUCGUGCUCUCCAAGGAAUCCCACUAGACUCGGGUCAUCGAGCUGUAUCGGACGAAUACAAACUAGGCAUCUACCUUCGCAUCGGUCGUCUCUUCCUCGAAGACGACGAUGCAGUCUCGGCCGAAGCAUACUUGAACCGUGCCUCCCUCCUAGCUCUCUCCGGUAGUCGUCUAGCCCAACUCCAAUUAAAAGCAUCCCAAGCAAAAGUACUCGACUUUCAACGUAGAUUCCUACAAGCCGCUCAAAAAUACCAUGAGUUAUCAUAUACCGCUGAAAUGGACGACGAUGAACGUGUAGAGGCACUGACUCAGGCUGUUGUGUGUGCUGUGCUGGCUGCUGCUGGUCCACAACGUAGUCGAAUGCUCGCAACGCUAUACAAGGACGAUCGGGUACGGGAACGACCACAACUCAAACAACAUGGUAUAUACGCUAUAUUAGAGAAAAUGUAUCUAGAUCGAGUAUUACGUACCACCGAAGUCCAGGAAUUCGCUUCAUGUCUCAAAUCUCACCAACUAGCUAAACUCGGUGAUGGAACUACUACCGUACUCGAUCGAGCAGUCAUUGAACACAACUUGCUCUCAGCUUCCAAACUAUAUAAUAACAUCCACUUUUGGGAGUUGGGAUCCUUGCUCAACAUCUCUGGCGACAAGGCCGAAGAGAUUGCAUCUCGUAUGAUUGGAGAGGGCAGGAUGACGGGUCGAAUUGAUCAGAUUGAGAAAUUGAUUUAUUUCGUCGUGGAUGGUGUGUUGCUGACUUGGGAUGCUCGUGUGGCGGGUGUGUCGCAUCAUGUUGAUGGAAUGGUGGAAUCGAUUGUUGCCAAAUAUCCAUCUUGGGCUACUGGAGUUGCUGCUCGUGUUGGAAUGUGA